AUGGGUCGCCACUUCGGAGAUUUGGCCAAGGUCAGGCAUAUCAUCACAUACAGUCUGUCCCCCCUUCGAGCAGAAGGCUUUCCCCACUUUUUCUCCAAAGGAAUUCCUAAUGUAUGGAGAAGGUUUAAAUCUUCCGUCUUCAGAGUCGCCCCACCAAUGGUCGUGAUGUACCUGACCUACACGUGGGGAAACCGUGCUCACCAGCAAAGCAAGAGGAAGAAUCCUGCUGACUAUGAGCAUGAAGAAUAA